AUGAUCACAGUGAAAGUGAUCCUGGCACUUGCUGCGACGUGGGGCGUCCCGGCUCAGCACGGUGACAUACCGAAGUAUGUCGAAGCGUCGAAGGAGCCUCACCUCGAGAUCUUACAGCACAUCCCGAGCGGCGUGGAAGUACCAGCGGCGCGCAUGCGCGAGCUCGGCGUCACGAGCACAAAGGACCUGGCUUUAGAGCUACGCAGAAGUCUUCAUGGUUUCAAACGGGCCGGCCUACUAUGGAGUCAGCUGAUGCAGGAGCGAUUUGUCGAAGGCGGGUACACGCAGUGA